CGCGCAGGCGCAGUGGCGGCGGUGUCGCCAUGGCGGAGCCGGCGGUGGCGGCGGUGAGUGAUGUGGAAACCACCUGUACUGUGUGAAACAGAAGAAAUAAAACAUUUGGUAACAGGAAGAAACGAGAUCUGAUAAAUGGAAGCCAUGAAGAUAUCAAAGCGGUUCUUUGCUUUUGGGAUUUUGGCAUGCAUCGCUAUUUAUGUCGCGUACAUAAAAUGGCACUUGGAUUCCAAACCGGUUGUGGGAGCAACAGAAGGAGCUGCUGAAAGCAGGAGAGACAAAGUGAGCCAUCAAGCACUGACCACAGAGCUCUCGGUCUUUUAUGGAAUCAUGUUUGACGCAGGAAGCACAGGAACCCGCAUCCAUAUUUUUAAAUUUACACAGCAGCCUAAAGAGACUCCCAAAUUAACCCAGGAGACGUUUAAAGCCCUGAAGCCGGGUCUGUCUGCAUAUGCUGAUGAUGUUGAAAAGAGUGGCCAGGGAAUAAAAGAGCUCCUGGAGGUGGCAAAGAAGGAAGUUCCUAUGGAGCUGUGGAAGUUUACUCCUCUGGUCCUGAAAGCGACAGCUGGCCUACGGUUGCUGCCGGGAGAAAAGGCUCAGAAAUUGCUGGAUAAGGUGAAGGAGAUUUUUCAGGCUUCCCCCUUCUUUGUGAGGGACAACUGUGUGUCAAUAAUGAACGGAACCGAUGAAGGUAUUUCAGCCUGGAUCACAAUAAAUUUUUUAACAGGUAGCUUAGAUGAGCCGCAGAAGAGAAGUGUAGGAAUGCUGGACUUGGGUGGCGGAUCCACACAGAUCACCUUCCUCCCACACACCGAGGCAACUCUUCAGACGUCACCAGCUGGCCAUACAACUUCAUUUCAGAUGUUUAACAGCACCUACAAGCUGUAUUCAUACAGUUACCUGGGACUCGGGCUGAUGUCAGCGAGGCUCGCCAUUUUAGGAGGAGUUGAGGGAAAACCCUUAGGGGAAGGUGAGGAGUUGAUCAGCCCUUGUUUACCGCCUGGUUUCAAAUCUGAAUGGCAACAUGCUGAGAUCGUGUACAAAAUUAAAGGACAGAAGGCAGGUGAGCCUCUGUAUGAGUCUUGUUCUAACAAAGUGGCAAAGAUGCUCUACAAGAAAGUGCAUAAAGCUGAGGAAGUGAAGGACUUGGAUUUUUAUGCUUUCUCCUACUACUAUGACUGUGCAGCAGAGGUUGGUCUCAUAGAUAAAGAAAAAGGAGGAAGCUUAACUGUCAAUGACUUUGAAAUUGCAGCUAAGUAUGUGUGUAAAACCAUGGAAAUCAGCCCUGGAAGCAACCCUUUUCUCUGCAUGGACCUCACAUACAUAACCUUCCUCCUGCAAGAACUGGGCUUCCCGAAGACCCAAGUCUUUAAGCUUGCCCGGAAAAUCAACAACGUUGAAACAAGCUGGGCAUUGGGAGCCACUUUCCAUUACAUCGACUCACUCAAUAGACUGCAGUACUGAAGCUCUUGAAGGCAAUUUUGGGAACCUCAGGUUUUGGAAAACCAACACAGGAGAAUCUGUUGAAGGGGUCUGAUUUUGGCUUCUGGAGUCCUCUGGGAGGUUACCAUAAGCUAGGCCCCUUCCCUCCCACCCCCUGCGAGGUUCCCUCCAUUACUUGCUCUUUUUUGCAGUGCACAGUGCAGUAUCUAAAGAAUAAGCCUUGAUUGUACAGCAUCUGCAGUCAACUUGAUGCAAAACUGGAUCAUCACUGAAAGAAAACCUGGGCACCUGCAGGACAUCUAUGAUCUCUAUGAGAAAACCACACCUUUUUGGAAUAUGCCUGUGCUAUUUGCUUGUACUGUGCUGGUCAGUGUAGGAAAUAGUCACUCCAGAGGGAACUCUUUGCUGUCCUGAUUUCAGGGUGUUUUUUUCCUGUUUGUCAGCAGUUUCCAGUGAUAAUUAUUUUUAUUUUACUACUUACCUGUUUGAAAAUGAACUCGUGCGUGUGUGUGAAGACAGUGCAUUUACACGGCUGUGCUGCUGACAGGCUGCAGCUGAGAAAUGCUGUGUGGAAGUUUCAGCUCUGCUUUUCAUUGCUGGACUAGCGAAGCUCAGGAGCACUAUAAAAGCUGGAUACAGACAGGCAUGAAUCAGAGCCUGUAUGCCCUGUAGGGGUAACACCUACAGCCUCAAGUUGGUACGUUGGCUGUUGGGAGAUUGGUGCUGGAAGACAACACCAGAUGUGCUGGAUCAAGAUGACCAAGGUCUGGGAGUUUGGUACAGGGCUAAGGAUGGAUUUGACAGUUUAGAGUAGGUCAGCUUAAGAUCCAUAAACAAGAUGCAGCCACAAAAAGAAACCCUGAGCACAGCUUAGUGGACCUCACAGGCAUUUGUGCCUUGUCAAGGCUAAUGCAGGGCCCAGGAUAAAUGGUGUUUUGGGUGCCACUUCCUGCAGACGCAUCUCACUUUGAUAAAUGAAUGUAUUGUCGUUGCACUGAGCUGUGGCAGGGUAGCUGCAAUGCACCACUCCAGCAGUGUCCUAGACACAGGCUGGAAGUGAUCUCAGAGGCAGCACGAGCUGGAGAGCAUGUGCUGCGCUGCUUGUAAUCCGACCGUGGAAUUGUGUUGUAUUUGUAUGGGUGUUUAGGCAGACCUGAGUGGUCAUUAGGGGAUGUAAAAGAGCCCAGCCUGCAGGAGAGCCAGCAGGGUGUGCCCUGGUAUGUGGGCUCUCUUGGCCAGAGCCCUGUCCUUUCCCUGAGGCAGCGAGACACAAUAUAGGUGUGCAUGGCUGCUGGCUCUGCAGCUGAGCCUGUGGGGGACAUUUGAACCCCACCCUACUGACAAUAAAACUCCAAUUAAAACUGAAGA